AUGCAAAAAGCCAGGUUGGAUGCCAACGAAGCUUUCAAGAACAUUUCCCUUGGCCAGAAACGGAAAGCCAGUGUCGUGGAGAAGAAAAGAGAGCUGUCUCCACUCAGAGGUACUGCUAAAAGAAGGCUUACCAGGUUGGACAAAUGCAAACUUGAAGCACAAAAUGCUUUUGGUAAUAUUGCUCUGAGUGAGAUUGGAGGGAGUGUGGAGAUAAAGGAAGACCAGAACAGAACUAAAAUAAUGGCCAAGGACUCAGGAACAAAUAACAGUGAAACUUCCAAAAAAGAUGUGACAAGUCCUAGAAAAGAUUCCUUGGAAAAGAGUAAAAAAGGAAGAAGGAAGUCUACCAGGAGAUCAUCAUCACGAAGAAGAAGUUCUGCUGCAAUGCGACGAAGAAGCUCCACUAAAGGCAAACGUCUAACCAGGGUUCAAGCUGCUCAGUUAGAGGUUCUGCAGAGUUUUGGAGGACGGAGCCUGGAUGAUGUCUGGAAAUCCUACAACGGAGAAAUGUCCACUUGUGCUGAAGUAACUGAGCAAAUUACCAACGAUAAAGGCGAGACUAAAAAUGAGGGUGUGACGACAAAGGAAGAAAGUCAGAUGACGGCUAAUAGUGAAUGUCAAACAGCUGUAGAAACUGAUGUAGAGACUGAUCCCCCGGAGGAUGGUGAAAAGCGAACUGGUAAUGUGACUUCAGCAUCAAAGGAGAAAGUUGCUGAAAUUUUAGUGAAACCAUGUUGUGAAUCUGUUAAUGAAUCAAUGCAAGUUGAUGUCCCUUUUGACAAUGAGCAGCUUGCUGAACAUUCCAAGUCAAGCCAAACAAUCACUUGUGAGGUUCAAGUUCAGGAUCAUGAUUCCUGCACACUCGUCCACAAUCAGUCCUGUGAUGCUCAAAUUGGUACAAAAGGAAUGAGUCCAAUUCCUGAGCACAGUUUACAUCAGUCCUUUAGUCAAUCGAGCAACACACAAAUCGGCAGUACAACAUCUGUAGAACCAAGACCACUGACACGCCUGGAGAGAGCUCGUUUGGAAGCCAUACAAAGCUUCCAUGGAGAAGCUUUUGAAAAAACAAUGAAGACUUCAUCCAGGAAAAUGGCCAAGUACCUUACUCCUGUCAAGCAUCAAGGAACAAACACUGAAGCCAAUCCAACAAGGAACACCCCCUCACAAACGGAUAACUCCUAUUACAGCCGCCACCCUCGUCCAAAGAGUUCUUUCUAUACUAACCUCAGAGACAGCAGCUUCUGUGACAGAGGUGCUUUGCUAGAGAGUAGCAAGAUGGUCGUGCUGACAGCCAGGUCUCUUGACACACCAUCUCCUGAUUGUUCCCCUGUGGCCACCAUUGUGAACCCAUGAUUUAGAUUUAACCUAUGGUGGUUAUAGACUGCAACUCUCGGUCCCCACGCCCACUUUCACCAUUGACCAAUAAUAUUAACCUUAGUGUCCCCAGGAUCACUUCAUUUAAGUUUAUUCUUGAAUUAGAUUUAGAGAGAUAAGGUCUAUAAAUUCAUUAAGUUUCAGUCGUGUUUAUAUUUAGUCAUCAAAGUGAUUCCUGUUUCGAAGCGCAGUGCAGACACCUCCAUAGUACAGUCACCUCUUUAUUACAGACUGUUAUGUGUGUCCCAAGGAUACCAAACUUCAUUUAAUUCCUACCCCUAUGACAAAGACACCUUACCUCUAGUUUAUGGACAGUUGGGUGUGUCCUUUGUAAAUUAAGGAGGUUUAACUGUAAUUGAGUCGGUGAUUUUAGCUAAAUGCUGAAUCAUUUUCCAGGAUGAGUUUUUGGGCGUUUUCCAUUCAAUAAAAUUCCGGUUUGAAAUUUCGGAAAUUUCAAGAGCCCAAUGGAACGGUACCACGCGUUAUAUUGUUCUUGUAAGCAGGAUACAAAAGAGCGGUACUGGGGAAAAAAAUUUUGUCAAAUUAAAUGAGACAUUUCAGUCCAACCGACCCAGAUAACCGAACCAGUCAAAGUGGACCACCUUCAAAGCUGGUCACGAACAUUCCGAUCAGACCAAAUCGAAAUGGUCCGUUCCAUUUGAUCUACCAACCGAAAUUUCCGAAAUUUUGGGUUGAAUGGAAAGCGCCCUUUGAGUACCGUAUCUUCUCAGUUUUAGCCCCCCCACUGUGUUUAUUUCAGGCAGCAGGCUGCAUGUGGUUACCCUGGUUAUUAUUUUUUUGACCUUUCAGUUUAUCCCAAGCAAUUGUUCAAAGCGGUUUUGUCAAACACCGUUUAAAAUCUCUUUCAUUGUUAACUUGCCCAGAAUGUUUAAAUGGCCUAAGAGACAAUGCAUCCCCAAUAUAUCUUUUUUUACACAUGUACAGAAAAAUAGCCCCACCCGCCCUAUCUGCCUAGUUACCGGUCGUUUCGCUGCAUCAUCAAGUCGAUUCGUUGCAAUUGACUUUUUACACAAAACCGUUUUAAAGAAACUUAGAAUGAACUACAAACGGGUAAUACUAAGGAGUUAAUUACCAUUUUGCUGAAUGAACUAAGAUUACCGUUACUUACUGUUUAUGUUUAAAAGUAAACAGAGUGGAUUGCGCGAAAAUAUCAGCAACAGAAACUCAAGGUAUGAAGAGGCUUGACUUUUAUCAUAAAAGGCAAUUUACUUUAGUAUGCAGUGAAUCGACGUCAUUAUGCAGCUGAAACGACUGUACACCCCUAGUAAACAAGCCCUAUGAAAUAAGAUGAAAUGUGCAAGGGUGUUGGGGUAGCUUAAGGGUAGUUCCAGUCUGUUUCCAAUCGCCCUUUUUGGCGCAGCUACUCAGCUACUGGUAAUCAAAUAGUAUUCGUUCUUCGGUUUCCCGUUUCAAGGGGACAUGAUAAUAGAUUUACAAUCACGUUCGGGGCAAACUUAAGACUGAAGUUGACAAUUUCGAAACGAGUGGAUAAAAUUUGCUGGAAGUAACUUUUCUUUAUGAAGCAGAACCUUAUUUUGUGCAGACAUAUGAAAAGCAAAGGAGAAGUAAAGGGGAAACUUAGUGACUGUUUGUUUGUAAAAGUGAUUCUUAAUCUUUCUAAUACCGUAAAAACCCACCUAUAAGAACCUAGAUUUUCCAACUUAGCCUAAACAGGUUCUUUUAGCAAUGGUAUUUAGUGGGAUUUUAGGCUAUUUAGGUUUUUAAAGUUCUUAUCUAUCAGAUAGGGGCACCAGCGAUCAGCACAGAUAACUACUACAGGGCAUAUGUGAUAUGGAAUAUAUUGCUGUAUUAAAUAAUUAUCUAGAAUACAGUUUAGAUGAUAACCAUGCAGUAAAUUUAUCUUUCCAAAGUACUAGCAUGCAUGUCUUUCAUGCUGCAGUAUCCAUAAAAUGCUGUGUUACAUUUUGAAUCUUACUAACUGAAACCUAGACUUAAUUUUUUUUCUGUAUUUUUUUCUCUGCGAUCAUUUUUGUAAAAUAAGAACCUAUUGACAAUUUAAGGCUAAAUAGGUUCUUAUGGUUUAAAAUAAAAAGUUUAGCCUAACAGGUUCUCAAAUUUUAGGUUCUUAUAUGUGGGUUUUUACUGUAUAGCUCCAUUCCAUGUUGUUCCUGGUCGACAAUUCCUGUUUCAUGUCCAAGAACCAACGUAUUCCAGGCUUUCCUCGCUCCAGGUGGUAGUUUUUAAAGGUUUUUGUUGAAAUAAUUAAUCAGUUUUCCCAUUCAAUCCAGUUUCCUGCACGUCAAUGCAAAUUAGUACCCGAGGCUCCACCCAUAUUUACCGUCCAAGCUGGAAUCGUGUAAGGUUGCCGCCUUCGAGUUGGAAACAUUCUGAUUGGCCAGCUGGGCCUUAACCUACUGCGCGGAAAACCGAUUUUGGAUUUUAAUUGUGCUACUUGUUCUUUCUCUUCAAGUAAGGUUAAUGCCAGUUAGGAGUUGGCUGCGUUUUGAUUCAGAAAGUAUCCAGCAAAAAUCAGUUCUUGAUCCAUAUCGGGGCAAGGAAGGUAAGAUAAAACUGUUCAGUUACAAUAACUUACAAAAAUUUUAUUACUGAUUGUACUCACGAUUUACCUUGUUUCGUUUAGCAUUACGUAGUGUGGAUCAAAAAAGAAAAGAAAAAAUAAAUUACAAAUGUUGAUCUUUAACGCACGCUUUGAAGUACUGACUAACUUUCAAUAUUUAGUUAAACCUGAAUUUUUUUACACAUUUAUUCUAUUUCACAAAGAAAAUUUGUUCAUUUCGCCAACAGCAAAGUGAUACUCAGCCCUCGUCAACACCGUAUACAAUAAUAUAAAUAAUAAUAUACAAGCUUAUAUAGCGCUGUUUCUAGAAAUUCAACAGCGCUUUACAAUAUUUACAAUUAAAAUAUCAAAAUAAUAAAAACUGAAAAAAAUCUGCUCGACGUGGGAACUUUUGAUCAGAAAAAUAUUAUUAGUAUUCGAACCUUGUGCAGUACGAGAAGGCCGACUUCAAAAGUGAGUGAAUAUAUACGACCUGGCAAGCGUUCUGAUUAUUUUUAGGUUCAUUUUCUCUUCUUUGUACGAAUAUUCCAACUCUGAUGACGUUCUUUUUCCAUGACCGAAAAAUGAUCAAUCUAACCAAUCGCCGAAUUAUAUAUGUCCCUCUAAAUGAAAACGAAGUCAAACUACUAGGUUGUUUAGAGAACCUGAAUGCCGAGUACGCCACAGUACAAACGGUUGAAUGUGUCGUUGUGGUGUAUUGGGUAUUCGCUUGUUUUGCUCACCAUUAUCUUGGAAAUGUUUCUUUUCUGUUUGCCAUGCAAUAGAUAACUUUAACAUUUGACUAUAAAAACAGUGCACAGUUCUGCCUGCAUAAGUAGUAUUGUAAACUGAAAUAUCAGUAUGAUUAUUCUUACUAAGAUAACGGCUAAAAAAAUUAAUGAGACGCUAUUUUCGCUAAAAAUUUGGUUGCCUCCACACAGAUACUACUACAAAUACAGUAUGGUAAAAAACAAAUAGAAAUGGCGCCGUGAGUGUUUAAGAACAUAUCACAAGAACUCAACCCAUUUUACUGUGCUGUGUACAAACUCUGACAAGUAACGAACUAUGCUUCGCCGCAUGCCUACACUGACUCUAGUCACUGAACCAACAUUAUUAGCCUAUUCAGUUGGCUUACUACCCAACCACCGUUCCCGUUCAUUGCUGCUGUUAAACUGGUUAAAUUUGUGACAUGACUUGAAAGGGUGCCAAAACCUCCUUCCAAGGCUAUAUGUUUUAGGAAGGCCGCAUAAAACGAAGUGAGAACGUUCUUAGCGUGUGGCAGUUAACUUCUGUGUAAAUUUGACGAUCGACGAUAGUGAAUAUCUUUCGCAAUAUCUUUGACCGAAAAGGCAGCCCGGGGAGGCAGUCAAGGGAAGUUCGAAUAAGGAUACCCUGUUUAAGACAAGAGACAUAUUAAUGACCCUGAUUUAUUCCAACUGAAGAAUGAAAUUUUUUAUAAAACUACGAUCAAGAAUACGGAAUAAGAGUCUUUGGAAAACAAUGUUAGUGACAUAAAUGUUGACUUCUCAUCGGCAAUCGUCACACUCUUUUAAGGCUCAAGUCGAUUAUAAGAGGUUGACAAGGGGUACUUAAGAUUACGGUCAAAAAUCUCGUGAUUAAACCUUCAUUCAACGAUUUUCUUUGACGUUCAGUGGGAGAAAAACGAACUACUGGGUGUCCCAAAAGUUCGUUCCUCUAAUUUCAUGCAUUAUAACUUUUUGACCAAAACUUUUUUUUUUACAUGAAAUUUCUAGAAGAUGUUUAUUUCUCUAUCGAGUUCAUCUAUUCAGAAUUCCAGUAACUGGCACGCCCUUUUAGUUUUUUAUCACAUUCUGUAGCCGUUGCAUCAUGGAGUGGAAUAAAGCGGACAGAGCCACAGAUGAUCCAUUAAUAUUUUGAACUUUUCUAUCACCCGGUACGCAGGAGCCAGUUCAACCCCUAAAGAAUAUUUGUUAGUUUAGGCAGCUGAAAAAAGAAACAUUUUAGGCAUUCAUCCAAAAAAGAUAAUCAUCCCGGCCCCUUUCCACAACAAGGCUUUUGUACUUCUUUACAAAUUUGAGACAAGGUGGGUGUUACUUGGCAGACUAAGCAGAUCGGCUGUUUUUUUGCCAUCUCAGGGGCUAAUUUUAAACAUUCGCUUUUCAUGCAUGAUCCUUUCUGGACUUGGCUUGCUAAUUACGUGAGAGCUUCCUCGUCGAGUCUCCUAUUUUGUAUCUAGCCUUCUUUAACACUAUUUCAGCUGCUUUAUUCAGGACUUUUCGUCUUCCCCUUCGUUUCUUGCCUUCAACAGUUUCAUUUUUCCAUAAUCAUUUUACCACCAACAUUCGGAUUUUUCCAGAUUUUUAGCAGUUUUUACAACAGAUAAGCCAGUAAAUAGAAGUGUACAUGCUCACACGUAGAUGAACGUUUCUUUGCGUUAAGGGGGUUAUCCUUCGUGAUAUUCACAAAAAAAUAAGUAAGGAGUUUCAGCAAUUCGUGCUAUAAAAUACAAAAUUAUGUGGCUGGAAAACAUACUCGCGCACGCGCACCUUUGGCGCGGAAGUACACAAAUCGAAUAUUCGAGUCAAAGGAUGACACAACAAGUAUGAAAUUAGUGAAUUAGAUUGAAAGACAACUUUUGGUUAAAUUAUUUGCUUACCAAGUCCAAUCGUACUGAAAUACAGACUUAUAAAGUACAGGAACGAACUUUUGGGACAGCCCGUAUAUUGUUAGAACACAGGUGGCCCAAACUCUGUGGGAGUUCGUUGGACGUUGAAUUUAUAAAAAAAUGUAUAAAAAUAAACAAAAUACGUCCUAAAUCCCAUUUUUUGACAAAAAUGGAAAUACAAAUGACUCGCCUUGUGUUUUUGUUUUGUUUUUUACUCUCUCUUCGCCUCCAGAGCAGUACAAUUCAAAAUCUUAUAUUAAACGUCGAUAAAACGGCUUCCAAAUGGCACUUGAGGCCAAGAGACAACAAAAACAAAACAAAAACACAUUUUUAUUUCUGUUUUUGUCCAAAAAUGGAAUUUAGGACGUAUUUUGUUUAUUUUCAAACAUUCUCUUAUAAAUUCAAAUCCAACAAACUCUAACAGAGUUUGGGCUGCCUGUGGUUAGCGAAAUCAGUCGAAGGCCAAAACAGAGUAGAGCUUAGACUCAAGCCCUCAAAUAGCCUGUACACAGACGCUGUAUUAUCUUAUUAUCUUUCUUUUCGUUCUUUUUCUUUUCACCCGCGCUCGACGGACUUUGAAGAGAAAAUAGAGGGUCUGUACAUGUGAACAGGCUAAGCCUCAAAACGCUGAAGUUUUUAAACAGGAUGACACCAACGGGAUUUCUGAUUUCCUUCUUAAAUGGUAAGCAUCGAAAAGUCAAUCAUGGCAUCUUUUAUUUACUCACUGAUCUUUUCCAUAUCAGACAUGAAGGGAUUUUUGAUUGCAAGGGCUCCUCAGGAGGAGAGAUUGUUGGAGCACGUGGUCACCGGCUUCUACGCCUGCAUAUUUGUGACGUCCCUUGUUACAAACGCGUUCCUGUUUACAGUGUUCCUUAGAAACAAACAUUUCCGCGACCUCAGCACUUAUCUCAUCGUUCAGAUGGCUGCAGCUGAUGUCCUGUACUUGUGUGUCACCUGCUCUAUAGUUGCUAUAAAGAAUCUGGACAUCGAGCUGAAUCGCAUCACCUGCAAAGUUCUGUUGUACGUGGAGGGAGCUGCCAGGUUUGCCUCUUCGCUGUCUUUAAUGCUGAUCAGCUUGGAACGUUCAACGGCUGUAUGUUCACCAUCGCUGUGCUAUACCAUAAGAAAAGUUGCUAGAGUCAAGGAAAAGGUAGGCGGGAACGACGAAAAACGUAAUGAAUGUUCUUCAUUUAUGGGUCAUUUGUAAAAUUGAUAGCGGCAGGAUGGUGCAUGAGGGCUAAAUAGAAAUAUCAAUACGCCGAGUUCCAAAAAGGAUUAACUUAAUCUUCCAGGAAUCUUAAUUGUAAACAGUAACUUUAACUUUAACCUAAAUUUGUUUUCAGAUAUUGAUCAUAUUAACCUGUCAUCGUUCGCUUCAUUUCAAAAGAAAGUUCAAUUUAGUAUCAUCUUUUUUAGGCUUGUGCAAGCGUUUCAAUUAUCUCUCUGAUCCUUCGAAUGGGUGUGCUCUUUGUGGCGUGUGACCCCGAGAAGUGGGCACCAGGGUACAGAUUGGCUGUGACAAUUGCCACUUACAUUCUACCCCUUGUGGUAGAACUUAUCGCUUACACCAUUGCGUACCACAAGAUAAACCGACGAAUCAGUAACGCAGUCCACAGCAAACAGGUUCUGUUGUUUGUCAAGAAGUCCCUCAAGGUUUUUGUCGUUAUUGCUGUGGUAUUCGCCGUGUGCACUCUUCCUUCGUCCAUCUUGGUAAUUCUACAGUCACUUCGUCUGUACACGCCUUCAUUCUUCGUGGGCUAUCUUGGAGACUUGAUAGAGUGCAUUCCUUGCGUUACAAAUGUCAUCUGCUACGUGUUCUGUAGCCCAAAGUUUCGAAUGGAGAUCAAGAAGUUGUUUUCAGGUUUGUUGUCAGUCCAGUUUCUUCUCUUGCUAUCCAGUUAAUCAUUAAUUUAACCAAUGUAAACUUGACAAAGCUGAAGGGCUCGAAUAAUAGUAAUAAUAAUAAUAAUAAUUCCUUUAUUUACCCACGACAGUAUUUGUAACACUUAUGCUAGUGGGCGGAGCAAAUGACUUGAAACAAAUAAUUCAAAUCAAACAUAAAGGGGUUCAGCGCUCUAACCACUCGGCCACGUUGCCUCCUCUGAAUAGAGAAUGCGAGACUGUUAUAGGCCGCAUUCUUAUUACCAUGAACUGAAACCACUACGUAAGAUUCUAAACCUACCAAUGUGAACCAAACGUAAAAUUAAAGGGCGGAACCAGAACAGAAAGGGGCUGAAUAAUAGAAAAUGUCACAGAAAACGGCGGAGGGAAGUCCAUUCGGACCCACCCCUAAAUCUGCCCAUGAAACUUAGUGAUGUCAUUCUUAUGAUAUGUGGAAUAAUCGGGAGAGAAACUUAGUACUAAUUCUGGCCAAAAGAGUUUAAUGUACGGGCUCUGUCCCUGCUCCUGCUAGUUUUUCAAAAUCCUCUUUUUUGUGCAUCAAAAGCCUGUGGUCCACACUAACGUUAACGUAUCGUUUAAAAACGCAUAUCUGGUGAUACGUUUUCGUUUUCAGGCAAAUCUCGGACGUCAGCUAUGUCUUCAAAUUUCUCGCAUUUUGGCUGAGACAUGCACGAGUGGUUCUGAUCACAGGUAACCCAGCCUUUGGGUUAGUACCACAGUAUGAAACCCGUAAAAUUACAUUGUUUGUAAAGUUACCAUCCUAAAAUUUGUAGAAAAUACCGAAUAAAACCAAAUGAAACUUCCUCUGAGAGUAGUUGUUGCUGUCCUUGAUGCUCUCAUGAAGUUUCACAUGCGAUCACAAAACUUUGUGUGGACAUUAGUACUAUCACAAAGUCUGGGUUUCCUGUACUCUGACGUCAGCGUUUUUGAAUACCCUCGUUUUACUUUAUUGAAAUUCACUUCGUUGACUCAACACGAUGACAGGGGAUGAAACAGGACUUACGUCCCAAUUGAUAUCAACCCCUUUAUUACCCACCAAGCCCAUGAAAGGUUGUACUACACCACUGGUGUGGUACAACCUUUUACGAACAGCAGAGUGGAUUCUUUUACGUCCCACACGAAAGAGCUGUGAGAUGCUGUUUUAGUGAACUGUAUGUGUUUUAAAACAAAAAAACGCAGUGGUGUAGACUGGUUCUUAUAAUCUAAAGCUUUUAAAACAUUUUUUAACCAUCAGUAUGCGGGGCACAGACCAAAGAAAGUGGUUCAAACGUAAACUCGGCCGACGGAGGAGAGGACGAAGAUGGUCUCCCAGGAGAGGGCAAAGACAAGCGUGCCAAUAAAGGGCUCAUUUUAAAGCUUGAUUGGGUGCUCGGUGAUGAUCCUUCACAAGUUCCCAUUCCAGGAUCCCCCACGCCGGGGGCAGAUAUACCCCUUGACAUACCCAGUACUGUGCAGGAAGGGCCCGAAUUUUCCCUCGGAGAUAACCUCGAGAGCAAGCAAGCACCUUCUACUAGAAAGAUCUCUGGAAAACCUAGAACAGGAACUUGGCCGCGCAUGCGUAGGCUGUUAUACAGUGGUUGGUAUGAUUCAGGGUUCAAUACUUCCCGUGAAUCUUUCAUCUCUGGGUCGACUUCAAAUGGUCUCAACAGCGGCACUUCCAAGUCUAGUACUGAAACACUUGAAAGCAAUUUGCCACGGAGUUUGCCGCAAACUUUGACACAGGGUACCCAAACUGAGUGCAGUAUGUUGACGGUACUUGAUGUCACAGUGCAAGAAGGUGCGUGGUUAAAGAAUAAGAAUACAUAA